AUGUCGCAUGUGGCGUCUGUAUCGGUAGCAGAUUCUCUUGCUCUCCAAGAUCGUCGAGACGCAAGUGAUGUUCUCUUCGAUAGUACCCUUGUUCUGUCGGAUACAGAGCUUGAAAAUAAAGAAGGGGAAUAUCUUGACUGGAUGAAUCUAAAUAAUGACUUUGCCGACUUUUUGAAUACUGAGACCAACGAGGAAAUCCCUCUAUCACCCUCAACCAGUCACACCGCACCUUCCACCAAUAAAACGUUUCACAUGCAGCAAGCGCUCCCGACUAUCGAUAUAUUGAUACCACCAACCCCAUCUGGCCUUAUCCGAUCACUAGAACCACUACUCAGAAUGAAGACUGGCCAGCAAAGAAUCGCCAAACUGAUACUACACAACCUGAAAUCGUAUCCGCUGAUGAUGAUGCGCCACGAGACCCUUCGGCCGUUUAUCCACCGGCAUCUAUCAACAUCGGAGCCACUUUCUAACUGUCUUAGCUUAGUGCACAUGAUCAGCGGUGGGUUCCAAUCCGGUCGAAAGUUAUUUUGGAAGAAUGUGGAGUUAGAGUGCGAACGUUUGGUGGCAGAGCACCUGAAGCUUAACAAGUGGGAGUUACUUGCCGCCAUGCAAGCCCUCCUAAUUUAUAUUCUCACAAGGUUAGAUGAAGGCCAGACUGACCACAACAACUAUGAUUCUCUAUUGCUCGCAGCGUUGAUGGUGAUAGCCAAACAUCUUUGCUACACAGAUAUUAAAGACGGCAUACAUUCUAUAUCAGUCAGCCACGGUCUCGAAAAGGACUGGGUUGAGUGGAUAUAUUUGGAAUCAAGGCGAAGGUUUGUUUUUCACCACUAUUAUCAGCAUAUGACUACGCAGAUACCAACUAAAGCAAAAAGACUAGCCCUACCUCUAGCACACCUCCCAGCCAAGAAACAGCUGUGGGAAGCAAGCGAUGCAUUAACGUGGAAGGCCGAGAUUGACAAGAACUCGGGAACUCAGACUGCGUUUGGCCUAGCCGCAAACGGCGAGCUGGUCACGUUGGAUGAGGACCAACCAUGCGACUCCAAUGGGCUGUUAAGCUACAAACCCUUAGAUGCGAAGGCUUCGUCGAGCAGUGGCGUUUCGAAUUGGGAGGAGUGGUGCGCGGGCAUGGAUGGGAUGGGUGGGCUUGUUAUGCUUACUGCUUCGUUGAUUGUGUAG